GAGUUAGUUUACCUCUGCCCUCACUGACUCCCAGGUACCCUUAGGUGGAGGCCGGGGAAUGGCGCGUCCCCUGAGCCACCAUCACUGCAAAAAUCAACCGGAACGCCGAAACAGAGGAUCACUGGCAGGUUGGAACACCUUCCCUCUGAGCCUAUUGGACAAACCUGAUUUAGCCACGCCCCCAGCUGUCAGGCCCGACGCAGCGGGUGCGGCUUGGGAUUCCCUCUAGGAUAAAGUGUCGCGUGUCCUUGGGCAGAGAGGGGAGGUGACUGGAGCUACCGAGGACGCAAAAUGAGGGCCUUGCGGGCCUCCCAGGCUUUGAUUCGUUCCUUUAGCACAUCUGCCCGAAGCCACUUAGAAAACCGUGUGGCGGAGAAGCAGAAACUCUUCCAGGCUGACAAUGACCUCCCAGUUCACCUGAAGGGCGGAGGGAUGGACAACGCCCUGUACAGACUGACUAUGACCCUGUCGCUGGGGGGUACCGCUUACUGCUUAUACUGCCUGGGCUGGGCCUCCUUCCCCCACAAGAAGUAACGCCAAGAGUCUUGGAGGGCCCGGACAAACAUCAAUAAACACACCAACCUCUUGAGAACCCCA